ACACACCCACAGAGACUGCACACUCAGCGCUGCACCUGCUCCAGCGCAGCCCGGCCCACUUUGUGUCUGUUGGAGCGCCAAGAUGCUCGCCUACUGCUGGAUGAUGGCUCUGCUUCUGGCGGCCGGAACUCCAGGAAACGUCAGCGCCGCUGCGUUCUUUGAAGCUACUGAGAGGAACUGCUCGCUGUCACCACCGUACCUUCCCAGCACAGCAGUGAACACCAGCCUCCGUCUGCAGGAGUUACGCGAAGGGAUGCUUUCGUCCAACAUCUCCGCCUACAUUAUCCCCGCCACCGACGCCCACAUGAGUGAAUACAUAGCGCCACGUGACGCCAGGAUGGCCUUCAUGACGGGCUUCACAGGCUCUGCAGGCACUGCCGUGGUCACGCCUAUCAAAGCGGCGCUGUGGACGGACAGCCGCUACUGGGUUCAAGCCGAGAGACAGAUGGACUGUAACUGGGUGCUGCAAAAAGACGUGUCCAUAAGCAGUAUAUCAGAGUGGCUCAUCUCAGAGGUACCACAUGGAGGCCAAAUCGGCUUCGAUCCCUUCCUCUUCUCCAUCAAAACGCAGGAAGACUACAGCAUGAGUCUGGAGUCCAGCAAUCGAAGCCUCAAGUCGAUGCCUGGCAACCUGGUGGACCAAGUGUGGAAGGAGGAGAGACCUUCCAUCCCGCCUGACAGCCUCAUCCGCCUGCCGGAUAGAGUCAUACAAAGGCCCUGGCAGAUGAAAGUGGAGCAAAUCCGGAGUCAGAUGAAGGAGAAUCCUUACGAGCCCACUGCUCUUCUGCUGUCAGCGCUGGAUGAAACCGCCUGGCUGUUUAAUAUGCGUGGCAACGACAUCCCAUACAACCCAUUCUUCUACUCAUACACGCUGCUGACCCUGGAUGAGAUCUGGCUCUUUUUACACGCAGACAGACUGACAGAGGAGCUGAGGGUGUACCUGAACGCCUCGUGCAGUGGGUCACUCUGCGUCCAGCUCAAAAGCUACGACUCCAUCUUGGAUGACCUGAAGAAGCAUGUGGGCCGGCCAGGGGUCAAAGUGUGGAUCGGCACUGAGUACACAAACUACGCACUUUAUGAGGUCAUCAAACCUGAGGACAAACUAAUGAGCAGCUCCUAUUCUCCUGUGUUGACCACCAAAGCUGUGAAAGAUGAGACUGAGCAGCGCAUCUUGAGGGAUGCUCACGUGAGAGAUGCCGUGGCUGUCAUCCAGCUGCUCAUGUGGUUGGAGAAGGCGGUGCCAGCAGGGAAGGAGACCGAACUGAGCGCCUCUGCCUACGUCAAUCACUGUCGCAGCAAACAGAAAGAUAACAGGGGUCCAAGCUUUGAGACAAUCUCUGCAAGUGGACCAAACGCUGCACUGGCACAUUACAGCCCCACAGGGGAAACAAACAGGAAGUUGACAGUAGAUGAGAUGUACCUGGUGGACUCUGGUGGCCAAUAUCUAGACGGGACCACUGACAUCACGAGGACGGUCCACUGGGGGACGCCCACUGCUAUGCAAAAGGAGGCCUUCACGAGAGUACUUGUGGGCAAUAUUGAAAUAUCCAGAACCAUAUUUCCUUCAGGAACAAGAGGUGUAAACAUGGAGAUGCUGGGCCGCAGAGCAUUGUGGGAAGUGGGCCUAAACUACGGCCACGGGACAGGGCAUGGCGUCGGGAAUUAUUUCGGAGUUCAUGAGUGGCCGGUUGGUUUUCAGGGCAACAACAUUCCCUUUAGAGAAGGCAUGUUCACAUCCAUUGAACCUGGCUAUUACAAGGAGAACGACUUUGGCAUCCGCAUUGAAGAUGUUGCCGUGGUCGUGCCCGCCCACACAAAGUACGGCCACAACUACUUGACCUUUGACACCGUGUCCUUGGUUCCUUAUGACAGGAAGUUGAUUGAUACCUCUCUUCUAAGCUCAGCCCAGCUCCAGUGGCUAAACAAGUACUAUGAGACUAUUCGGAGGCUCCUUGGUCCCGAGCUGGACCGGCAGGGCCUCCACGAAGAGAGCCAAUGGAUGCUCAGACAUACAGAACCCUUCACAGAGUCUGGAUCUUCAUCUGUGCCCUCAUCUUCACUGACUCUUGUCACUUUAGCCGUAGCUUUGAUCUUCAAUGUAGUCUGAGAAGCUCAUCUUGAUGCCAUUGGCUACCAUUACAGCUAUGCAGUCCACAUGGACAACAAUCAGGCUACAUCAGGGAGAGAUCUGUUUGGAAACUACAUAUUUAUGUCAUCAAAGCAGCAUAACUUAUUUCAUGUACUGACUUGUUUAAAGCUAACUUUUAAACACAAAUUAACUAUUAAAAAAUGCAUUGAAGUGUCUGAUUUGUAUCC